GGCCGGUGUCACGUGCGGAGCUGGCCCGCCUGGGGAUGCUCGAGCGGGGAAUGUGGCGGCUACAAUGUAGCGGCGGGGCCCGGGCUCACGUUCGACCGCUCCAUGUGUGACAGUGGCGAGCCGCCGCUCUGCACAAUCACAGGCGGCAGCAGCAGCAGCAUCGACAGCUCGACCGCCAGCAGCAGCCGCACCGGCCCCCACACGCAGCAGCAGCAAGGCGAGGGCGACGAGCGCCUCUCAAGCCUUGUAAAAUGUGACAAGAUGACACAGGAGAAAAAGAGAACAAGCCGCACCGUCAUGCUGGUUAAAAAGAUUAUUAUGAGGGAUCCAUCUGCGCAACAUGGGAUUGGUCGGCCUAGUGUUUAUCAUGCAGUAGUCGUCAUCUUUUUAGAAUUCUUUGCCUGGGGACUGUUAACCACUCCAAUGCUAACAGUUCUGCAUGAAACCUUUCCUAAACAUACAUUUUUAAUGAAUGGCCUUAUUCAGGGUGUAAAGGGUUUUUUAUCAUUCAUGAGUGCUCCACUAAUAGGUGCUUUGUCUGAUGUGUGGGGGAGAAGAUCAUUUCUCUUACUAACGGUGUUCUUCACAUGUGUCCCAAUUCCAUUAAUGAGGACAAGUCCGUGGUGGUAUUUUGCUGUUAUUUCAAUGUCUGGAAUUUUUGCUGUCACUUUUUCAGUGAUAUUUGCAUAUGUAGCUGACAUUACAGAAGACCACGAGAGGAGUACAGCAUAUGGACUAGUAUCAGCAACCUUUGCAGCAAGCUUGGUAAUGAGUCCAGCCAUUGGUGCUUAUCUUUCUAGUAAAUAUGGAGAUAAUCUUGUGGUACUUGUAGCCACUGUGAUUGCAGCAUUGGACAUAUGUUUUAUCUUAGUGGCCGUGCCUGAAUCUCUUCCGGAAAAGGUGCGACCAGCUUCACGAGGAUCACCAUUCACCUGGGAGCAAGCAGACCCUUUCUCUUCCUUGAAAAAGGUUGGAAAGGACACCACUGUGCUGCUGAUCUGUAUAACUGUGUUUCUCUCAUACCUUCCCGAAGCUGGACAAUACUCUAGCUUUUUCCUUUAUCUUAAACAGGUUAUCAAUUUUUCUGCUGGGAACCUUGCAGCCUUUAUAGCUGUGGUAGGAAUCCUCUCUAUAAUAGCACAGACUUUAUUUCUUAGUAUCCUAAUGAGGUCCAUUGGUAAUAAGAACACUGUGCUACUUGGUCUAGGAUUUCAAAUGUUGCAGCUGACUUGGUAUGGAUUUGGAUCCCAGCCCUGGAUGAUGUGGGCAGCGGGAGCUGUAGCAGCAAUGUCAAGUAUUACUUUUCCAGCAGUUAGUGCUUUGGUUUCAACUAAUGCAGAUUCUGAUCAGCAAGGUGUUGUGCAAGGAAUGAUCACAGGAAUCAGAGGGCUGUGCAAUGGCCUUGGACCUGCUCUGUAUGGGUUUAUUUUCUACAUGUUCCAUGUGGAGCUGGAUGUAACCUCUGACAAAACGGUCAACGUGCCAGAUCCCAAAGUAGAGGAUUCCAUUAUCCCUGGACCACCUUUCUUGUUUGGAGCCAUCAUAGUCCUUGUAGCAUUUUUGGUUGCCUUAUUUAUUCCUGAGCAUAGCAUAUCUGCUAAAGCCAAUAAUGUAAGGAAGCAUAGCAGUAGUCUUGGCAACAUUCCCACCACUCCUCCCAUUGGCAGUGAUGAGGACAAUGAGCCACUGCUGCAGGACAGUAGUGUAUGAAAGGACCUGCUGUAUUGGCUUUGGAGGAAAAUAACAGAUCUAAACAAAGAAUGGUGUGUGGAAUGCGAGUGGAUCUUCUGGACGUUCAAAGACCAAAGGGAGCCAGAAGAUGGACUUUAAGAUCUGUGGAAGUUGAUGAACCAGGAUAGAUUUGUCUCAUUUUUAUUGCAAGCUACUUGAUCAAGUGUUUACAGCACUGCCAGUUCUUCAAGUACUUGUUCAAAGUGUCAUCCUGAUGGUGGAAAUUCCAGUUUAUUCUGGUAGUCAAAGCUCAGAUAAAUUAGAGAAUGCAUUCAGAUUCAUAUCUCAGGGUUGUAUCUUGUGCAUCAGUGGAAAUAUUUUGUACAGGUUAAUCUGAUCAAUCUAUGACCCCUUAAUAAUGAACUCUUCCCUAGUUGGAUUUCAGUUUUGUUACAUUUGUCUGCAGGUAGUAUGGACUGUUACACCUUAACAAAACAAAAUCCAUCAAAAUCCAUUCAUUUCACGCCACAUUUGUUUUGUGUUGAAUCUUUGAAGAUGGCUAUGCAAAUCACAAGUUCAGCUAACUUUGCAAAAUUUCGAAGAAUGCAAUCUUUCAAAUUGCAGCCCUAACGUCUCUCAGCCUUCUUACAAAUUCCAGCAGGAUUAACUAUGGGAUCGUGAAGCUCACUAUUUUGGUUACCGUGUGCAGAUGAAGCAGUAACUAUUGUUACAAUAAAUGAGUUAUAAAUAUGUGUUAAUAUGCUGGCAAUUAAACUGUUUGUAGUCAAAGAAAUACUAGUUUCUUUUAAUUUUUUUAUGGAUGGUUAAAUGAGCAUUUUAAAGUCUGCAAAUCCCAUUAGUUUUAUUUUGUGAGAAGGCUAUGGUUUGACGAAUCCAUGUUAGUGUUUUUUUUUUUCAGGUACAAAUGCAAUUUGACCUGUGAGAAUAAUUUCAGUUUUGUAAAGAACAAUAUGAAUACAUAUCUAAUCAUACUAUUUUUUGACAAAUUUUAUAUUUAACAUUUAAAACAAAGUAUAAUGCAGAAUUUAGAGAAACCUUUUGUACUUCUGGAAAGCUGCCUAUUAUUUAAAGUCCAAAGGGUUUUACUAAAACUGAAGAACAGUUUGGCGGAAUAACGAUGUCUUUGUUCUUUCCUUGCACUUGGCCUCAGCUGCUAACUGUGCACAGCCUCAAACACGUUAAUCUGCUACCUCAGCUUUAGCCUAUAUGCAGCUUCAUAGGCCUGCUAGUGUUAAUUUUCACUUCUUUGCUGACGUGUGCUUUAAGGCACUAGCCUAUUUGGACGACAUUCGGUUUUGAACUUUUGUUUGAGAGGUUCUCUUAGCACGUACAAAAACUUCUUUAAGGAUGUUUAUGACACUUGCGUUUAUUCUGUUUGAAAGUUGCACGCUUCCAACAAAGAAUUAUUGAUACAAAUGUAUAUGAAUAAACUGACAGAUAAAGUUGUUCCAUGAAUUUAAUUUUAUAAUCACAAAAGUCUAAUUUGUUAAAAAUUGUAAUUAAUAUCUGACUGUGGCAUUUGAUAACCAUUGAUAAAAUAAGACAUUUCAUAAUUUUGUCAAAUGAAUUUCCCUUAAUGGUCUUGUAAGCCAGUGAAGAUCUUAUUUUCAUAUCCUCUCAGAAAUACUCAUUGCAAAAAAUAUAUUUUUCAAAAUUGCCUGUGAAUUUUCUUUCCUCCAAUGGAUCCAGUACAAAAACUAGGUGAGCCCAUUAAGUAUUUUUCUUUGAUCCUUGAUUAUUUUUGCCAUCAAAUACUAAAUGAAGAAAUGCACUGAGCAAGGUUUUUUUGUGGUUAUAUAACACCUUAAAAUUAGGUAAUCAUGUACUUAAUUUUAGUUUCUAUUUAUUGGGCUAGGAAUAAUGUGUGGAAAGGAAAAGCAAAAUUAUGACUGUCUGUAAUUGUGCUUGCCAUCUCAGACUUAAAGUAAGAGAGAUGUUAUUUGUUGUAAAAUUGGGUGUCAAUGACACAGUUCUGGCUUUCUUAAAGGUAUUAUUUACCACUUGUAAAUUCACUAGUUAAAUCACGGUUGGUUCUUUAAAAAUAUUUAUCUUUAAAAUUUCCCACCUGAAUGCUCAUCAUUCCCUUAUUAUCCAUUCAGACCCUUGAUUUCAGAAAUAAAAAAUGUUCUAGUAUCAUUAUUUUUUUUAAAUUCGUCUGAUAGUGAGUUAGAACUAAAUUUCUAAUUGAGGACUUCUAAAUUAGUUUUGAAUUUAAAAUGCAACCUCUCUAAUUUUGGUUACUUUAUGGAACAAGGCAAUUAUCUAUAUUCAUACAUGUUGUGCUCAAAUGCAAUAUUGUGAAGAGAAUUCCUUAAAAAUAUUUUGCAUUUUAAGAAGUAUUAUAAAAUAUAUUUUUCUGAACUAGAAACUCUCACAGCAGGGAACUGCAGAAAAAUUGACACUGGUAUUAGUAUCCUGCUAGUUACAUUACCACUUUCUUCAAUUGUGCCUCAUCCAGAACUGUGUAUAAUGUACAUAUAAAACUUCAAAGUAAUUUAUUAAAAUAAGUAUACUCAGCAAA